AUGGAGAAAAAACUAGCGGAUAUGGAUAACUCGAUGAAACAGACAAAUUUGGCAGAUGUCGUGGAAGGGAAGAUGCAAUCUCUCCUGAAUGACGGAGCAAAGACUCACAUGGAGUUGGAAUGGUUGAAGCCCGAAUUGCCACCUUUCUUCAAUGAAAAAAAGUUUCUCUGCGGCCAGCAGAUGUUCUCUAACAACGUUUUCACCAUGAUGGUUGCAAAAUUGUGCGGAUUAAUUUCUUUAUUCGCUAUACCAUCAAUCAAGGACGUUUUAAUUUUCACCAGACAGAGUGGUGCACCGUGUGUCGCGUUUCGUAGAUACGUUUCUACUAUUCUGCACACUUGGAUCUGGUACGGGAAGAAACCUGGUAUAGAAAACGAAUUUCUCGAGUCGUUGAAAAUCGUGCGGAAAAAACACUGCGUAGCGUUUCGAAGAAGCUCGAAUGCCGGAUUGAGCAGGAUCUCCCAACUGGACAUGGCUCUUGCGCAAUUUGGAUUCAUGGGUUUCACCCUACUGGGCGGCGACUAUCUUGGGGUGAACAACAGUUCCGAAGAACUCGAGGGAAUGAUUCACUUCUGGCAUGUCAUUGGCAGCAUGCUGGGCAUGGAUGAAAAGUACAACAUUUGCAGCGGAAGUGUGGAAGAAACGCGUGCUCUUUGCAGACGGCUUCUCGACGAGAUUUUCCUUCCCUCGCUCGCCACUAAUGACAAAGAUUUCAAUAAGAUGAGCCGUCUUUUAAUAGAAUCUCUUUGGCCUGUGAAUCCCUACAUGGAAUCGAGAGCUUUUAUUGCAUUCACGCUUAUAUUAGCCUCCGAAACUGCCACGAAUAAUAAUCACUCGUUGAAAAUAGAUUUAUCGAGUCUAUCGUGGUACAGCAGAUUCAUCCUGAAUCUUCAAAUGAUGGUGCACAAAUACCUGCUACCACCUGCACACUGGUGGUCCAAGUUCUUCCGAACGUUCUUCAACGAGCAAAUGCGUCUGGCGAUUUAUCUGACGGAAAGAUUCCCCUUCCUAGCGUUCUGGAACUUCGGCAUAGCAGGCUCUUACGUCGACAUAUACAAAUAUCGCGUCAUGUGAACGGAGAAACUACGCUCUGCUUUUUUCACGUUCUCGUGUAAUCAAACGAAGAACAGUUACCGUAAUGUUUUUUGUUAAAAAAAAAUGCACACAUAAUUUGACGUAAGACGCUUAACGCCUAGCAUGCUCAAGGUCGUAUUAUUAAUCAGUACAACGCACAUCGCAAGUACUUAAACACUAACCACGUAA